AUUUUUUAUUUUUAAGGCCUGUUAAAUAGCGAGGGGUUUAUUUAUAGAAAGUUAAAAACGGAGUUUCUGCUCACGGGUACCACAGCACUGCACAGCCCGCCGGAAAAUUCGUGAACGGUGCCUCUUUCUGUCUCGCUCCGGCAACUGAAGUAUCAACCCGACGGUAUUCCUCAGCGAGCAGCGAUGGAACAAGAAGAUAAGUUUUUCAGUAAGGGAGCGGAGGUAGAAGUGAGCAGCGACGAGCAAGGCCUCCUCGGCUCCUGGUACACAGCCAAAGUCCUGCGCGGAGUCUCCCGGAAGAACCGCAAAGUCUUAGUCCAGUACCACACCCUCGUUGCCACCAACGACAAGAAGAAACCCCUCCGCGAGUUCGUCAACGCGGUCCUCGUGCGGCCUCUUCCACCGUGCGAACCUCCCGGCCGCCGGUUCUGCUUCAGCGACGAGGUCGACGCCUUCUACAACGACGGCUGGUGGGAGGGCGUCGUCACGGCCGUCCUCCCCGGCGGCGACCGCUACUCCGUCUUCUUCCGGCACUCUCGCGAGCAGAUCGACUUUAACGGGAAGGAUCUGCGGCUGCACCGCGAGUGGGUUUACGGCGACUGGGUCCCUCCCUUGGAAGAGUCUACAAAUCCCUCGGCUACUCCUGUGAAAAGUGUUGAGUAAAAGUGCAAGGACUGUUGAUUUCCAAUUCUUCCUUCCCUUCCUGAAAAAAAGAUUAUUCCUUCCUAUUUCGAGCUUGAAGCAUUCUGGGUUCCAAGAUUCUACUUUGAGAAGCAUUUAUGCUGUGUCGACAUCAGCCUCUGCAGACCUCUGGGAUACAAUUUGAAGCUUUAACAACAUAUACAUGAAUUUUGGUUAGGUUUCCAUUUACUGUUAUUAUUUUAGGAUGUGAAACAAAAAUACAAAAAAUUGGUAUAAUAUCUCAAGAUUCUCAACUGAGGAAUCAUUAGCCAUAUGGGCUUCUGUCAUGUUAUUUUUAGUCUGAUUAAGCUUCACUGAUCAAAUAGUUAUGGUUUUUUGGUUCAA